AUUAAUUUUACAAAUUACAAUGUUCGCUUGGAGAUUAUUUCACUAAUUAACUUGUAAACUCCAAAAAUAACGAAAAAAUUCCUUCUUUUUUUGUUUCACGCGAAUAAACAAACGCGUCAGCUUUUUGGCGUGAAUAGAAUUGUCAACGUACCUUCUUCCAUUUCAUUUUCUUCCCAAAUCUCACAUGGCGGUUGCCACCGUUGCCAGCCCUCCACCGCCGUAGAAUCUACUCGGUGAAUACGUACACAUAUACGUUCAAUUGUAACCUGUAUCUCAUACCGACACUUUGUCUCAUAUACACGCACUGAACAUCAAUAUCUCUCUCCGGUUGUCGGUGUGAUUGUGAUCGAAUUCAGAUCUGAAAAAGGUUUACCAAAAGCGAUCGAAUUUCAUUAAAUAAGUGCGGGUUUUUCUGGGGUUGUAUGGAAAAUGGAGUACAUCGACAAUUUGCCCGCCAUGGAUCUGAUGCGCUCCGAGAAGAUGAUGUUUGUGCAGCUUAUCAUCCCCGUUGAGUCAGCUCAUCGCGCGGUCUCUUAUCUCGGCCAGCUUGGUCUCCUCCAGUUUCGUGAUUUAAAUGAUGAUAAAAGUCCUUUCCAGAGAACGUUUGUUAAUCAGGUCAUGCAAACUGUAAACACUUUGAAAGCAUUGCUGCUUGAGAUGGUUGGUGAUUAUGCUGAAGCUACUUUGGUUCAUGGAGAUGUGGUUAAAAGAUGUGCUGAGAUGUCCAGGAAACUACGUUUUUUCAAAGAUCAGAUACAUAAAGCUGGUCUAAUUGCACCCCCAAAUCCGGCUUCCCAGCCUGAUAUUGAAUUAGAAGAACUUGAGGUCCGUCUGGCUGAGCAUGAACAUGAGCUGAUUGAAAUGAACAGUAACAGCGAGAAACUGCAGCAAACAUAUAAUGAGCUGCUUGAGUUCAAGAUGGUUCUGCGGAAGGCAGGUGACUUCCUUGUGCCUGGUGGGAAUCAUUCUGCAGCUCAAGAGACAGAAUUAGAUGAAAAUGUCUAUACGAACAAUGAUUAUGGUGAUGCCGCAUCACUGCUUGAACAGGAAAUGCAACCUGGAUCAUCUGACCAAUCUGGUGUAAAAUUUAUAAGUGGAAUCAUUUGUAAGUCUAAAGUUCUAAGAUUUGAGAGGAUGUUAUUUCGUACUACAAGGGGAAAUAUGCUUUUUAAUCAGGCAUCAGCAGAAGAUCAAAUUGUGGAUCCUGCAUCAAAUGAAAUGAUAGAGAAAACCGUUUUUGUGGUAUUCUUCUCUGGGGAGCAGGCAAGAAAAAAGGUCCUGAAAAUUUGUGAAGCAUUUGGCGCGAGCUGCUAUCCAGUUCCCGAGGACACGACCAAGAGGAGGCAAAUAACUAGAGAAGUGAGAAGGGAAAAGGCUAUUUAUGACACAUUAAAUAUGCUGAAUUUUGACGUCACAAAGAAGUGUCUGGUUGGUGAGGGUUGGUGUCCAGUAUUUGCAAAACCGAAGAUUCAAGAAGCUUUGCAACGUGCAACUUUCGAUAGUAAUUCACAAGUGGGUAUGGUAUUUCAUGUGAUGGACUCAAUUGAGUUGCCUCCAACGUACUUCAGAACCAACCAUUUCACCAAUGCAUAUCAAGAAAUUGUUGAUGCAUAUGGUGUUGCUAAAUAUCAGGAGGCAAAUCCUGCAGUUUAUACUGUUGUUACAUUUCCAUUUCUUUUCGCUGUGAUGUUUGGGGAUUGGGGUCAUGGCAUAUGCUUACUCUUGGGAGCUUUGUUCCUUAUAGCCCGUGAGAGAAGACUUGGUUCUCAGAUGAGGCAUGAUUACCUUUACGCUUUGCAGAGACAUAAGAAACUUGGCAGCUUCAUGGAGAUGCUAUUUGGUGGCCGAUAUGUCCUCCUUUUGAUGUCCCUCUUCUCAAUUUACUGUGGCUUGAUAUACAAUGAAUUCUUUUCCGUUCCUUUUCAUAUAUUUGGCAGCUCUGCCUAUAGAUGCCGGGAUGCUACAUGCAGUGAUGCUCAUACAGUUGGUUUAGUCAAAGAUAGAGAUACAUAUGCAUUUGGUGUUGAUCCAAGUUGGCGUGGAAGCCGUUCUGAGCUGCCAUUUCUGAACUCUCUAAAGAUGAAGAUGUCUAUUUUAUUUGGUGUAGCACAGAUGAAUCUAGGAAUUAUACUAAGUUAUUUCAAUGCACGCUACUUCAGCAACUCACUUGACAUUAGGUACCAGUUUGUGCCACAGAUGAUCUUCCUGAACAGCCUGUUCGGAUAUCUUUCUCUUCUCAUUAUUAUUAAAUGGUGCACUGGUUCUCAAGCAGAUCUUUACCAUGUGAUGAUUUACAUGUUCUUAAGUCCUUUUGAAGACUUGGGUGAAAACAAGCUGUUCUGGGGUCAGGGUGUACUUCAGGUUAUAUUGUUGCUCUUGGCUGUUAUUGCAGUCCCAUGGAUGCUUUUCCCAAAACCUUUUAUUUUAAAGAGACAGCACACAGAGACAUAUGGACUUCUUGGAACCUCUGACAUGUAUAAUGAUGAGGAGCCUGAUUCCGCAAGACAACCACGCCAUGAGGAAUUCAAUUUUAGUGAAGUUUUCGUGCAUCAGAUGAUACAUUCUAUUGAGUUUGUAUUAGGUGCAGUUUCUAAUACUGCAUCAUAUCUCCGGUUGUGGGCUUUGAGUUUGGCUCACUCGGAACUGUCCACUGUUUUCUAUGAGAAGGUUCUCCUUCUUGCCUGGGGGUAUGACAAUCUUAUCAUACGAUUAGUGGGUCUGGGAGUUUUUGCUUUUGCAACAGCAUUUAUUCUACUUAUGAUGGAGACUCUCAGUGCAUUUCUCCACGCUCUUCGUCUUCAUUGGGUUGAAUUUCAAAACAAGUUCUACAGUGGGGAUGGAUAUAAGUUCAGGCCUUUCUCCUUUGCUGCGUUAAUUGAUGACGAUGAAUAGUAUCUUUCCAUGUCGAUUUGAUUUUUCUCCUUUUCUUGGAGAAUUUUCGGAAGUAAAUGCGAAAGAAGAAAAAUUUUGCAGGCAAUAUGGGCUUUUGAUCGUUCACAUGAUGAUUCCAGUGAAUUAGACUUGUAACUGUAAGUUACGACAGAAAAUAUUGUAACUAUUUUUAUCCGGAAUCCUUUUUUUUUUCACUCGCGCAAAGAGGGUUUACGACUGAGGAGUUUAAACUUUAAAGGGAGGCCUGUUAUACGUAGAAUCCGUAUUUUCUUCAGUUCUGGUGAACCUGAUUUUUGACAUUUCAUACAGAAACUGCAAAUGUAUACCUUUAGGCUAUCGUCUCAGUACACGAUUUUUUUGUAAUUAUUAAUCGAAUUCCGACUGUCGUUUACAUGAUUUGAGAUGGUUGAUGAGCAGUGUAGCAAUGAUUGUUCAUUGAUUUUGAGUCUCUGGGUAUUUCUUAUCUUGGUAAUCUAUUAUCCAGACUUCAAUGUGGGGCCUAAAUGUUGAAUUAAGAUGGGG